AUGGCAUUUGAAAACAAGACAUUCAAUGAUGACUUUAUUCUACUAGACUUCUCAAAAGGACCAAUGGCCUGUUCAUUUUUAAUCUCUAUGGCUUACAUCAUGGUUCUUAUUGCCAACCUGUCAGUAUUUAGUAUUAUCCAGGUAGACAGACACCUCCAUACUCCAAUGUACUUUUUCUUGUCUUCCUUGUCCAUCUUAGACGUGUGUUACUCUACAAUCAUCCUCCCAGCUAUGGUGGUCAAUGCUAUAACAGCAAACAGGAGGAUCUCUUUCAGUGGAUGCUUUAUCCAGCUCUAUUUCUUUAUCUGUGUUGGAGGAACUGAAUGUCUUCUUCUGGCUGCCAUGGCUUAUGACAGAUAUGUAGCUAUAUGUAAUCCCCUACAGUAUGUCCUCAUUAUGAACAAAAGGUUCUGCUCCUACAUUGUGGCAGGAUGUUUCCUGCUUGGUUUGAUCAACUCUAUGUUCCACACUUUGAUGACUUUAAGACUAUCAUUUUGUGGAUCUCGCAAUAUCAAUAAUUUCUUCUGUGAUGUUCUUCCAAUGUUAGAAGCUGCGUGUAGCGACAUAUACAGUAGUCAGAUGCUGAUAAGAGUAGACACGGUGCUGCUUGGAGUAUCCACAUUUUUAGUUGUGAUGAACUCCUACACACACAUAAUUUCCACCAUAUUGAAAAUCCACUCUUCUGAGGGAAGGAAGAAGGUUUUCUCCACAUGUUCCUCUCAUAUCAUUGUUGUCACAAUUUUUUACAUAACAGGUAUCUUGAGCUACAAUGGCCCCAAGUCUGGAAAAUCUUUUACUGGUUCCCGAGUGUCAUCUAUUAUGAAUUGUGUGUUACCUCCAUUGCUGAAUCCCAUUAUAUAUUGCCUGAGAAACAAUGAGGUGAAGAGAGCCUUAAAAAAAGCAAUUGCUAGUAUUUGA